AGUGUUAUAUUUCGACUUCCUUUACUCAUCAUGAUUAAUCAAAUAAUGUAUGAUGAAAGAAGUUGCUACAAACACUGGUACAAAUUCGUGAACAAGAUGCAUGACGUUUUGGCCGAUGCGGAAUCAGUGAAUGUGGUUUUUCUAGUAGGAUUUUAUUGCUCAAUUUGUAGUACCUAUGUCAUUGAGAUGCGUACGAAACCAUGUCACCACUUAACGUGUCGUCGAUGUAUGUCUGCAGAGUAUUGCUCGAAGGAGUGUUCCUCGACAUUUAUAAAAACGUUUGGGUAUCUGAAGUUGAGGGACAUAUUGUCAAAAGACAAAUAUAUUUUUAAUACGUCUGAUGUUGUUGUAUCGAUUAAGAUCACAACAGACGGUGAACUUUUGUUGAACACGUACUAUCGCAGAAAGAACUUUCAAGUUCCUAGUGAUUUCCUGUAUACUCUAAGACAUGAACACACACCUGCGAUAUUGUAGUACUAAAACAGUAACAAAUUAUUUUAAUCUUAGAGUUUAUUAUUAUUAUUUAUGUAGAGUUUUUUAUGCUAUAUAAUUAUUUUAUUUUA